AUGAAGGAGCAAAAGGUGUUCUUGUCAGUUGGUGGUCCAAGAUUGUUUCCGUUUAAGAAUAGAAGAAAGUUUGCUGUGAGAACUUGGCCUUCUUUGAAGGAGUAUUCACCAACGCCUUCCAAUGGGAACAAUGAGGUUAAAGAAGAAUCGCUUAAUCAUGAACAAGUGUCUGAGGAGUCAAGUGGUGAUUUCCCUAGCAAGUGGAGUGAUUCAAGUGAUGAAGAUUCAAGUGAUGUCCAAGAGAUUGAUGCAAGUGAGUUUGUUCCAAAGAGCAAGUAUCUUGAAGAGAUUGAAGAUGCACAUUUAAGUGUGUAG